AAGAACAAGUUAUGCAAUCAUUGCACAGGAAAAUCCUCAAAUGGAAUUAGUUGUCUGCAGCAGCAACAGCAAUGAGCAUAUUAAGCAAAAGGAGCACGUUCGUGUGGAUUGCUGCUCGCUGCAUCCGUCCACGUUACUCGAUCUCCGUGUGCCUGUUUUGGGUGUAGUGUUAGUGCAGAUAAAGGACGAGAAUUUUUCUGUAGGGGUAAAAACGUUUGUCCGAAGUCUACCUUGCGAUCGAGUUCCACCAGGAGAAAUUCGUCUUGCCCCAUGGGUGCUCGAUCUACUGCCCACUCCUCCUACCAAAGUCCGCGUCGAAAGCAUAUCUGCAAAUCAACCAUUGCACCUGGUUAAAAAGCUGAUUGUUGCGCCAUUAGAGGAUAGCACUGGUCUUUACAGCAUUACAAACUGGGUCAGACCGACCCACGCAACCAACUCUCAGAUUAUACAGAACAGGAAAACUACUCGGAACUGGAUCGAGAAAUCAAUCAAACAAAGGAUCGAAGGCCAGUUGGUAGGCCUUGGCUUCUCCUUCAGAUGCUAUUUUAUCGCGUUGCGCCUCUAAUAGAAAGCAUUAAAAUUCACCGUGUUUAUAGGCGUGCGUUAAUUCGUUCAUCAUGGCUAGAGUCAAGGCGCAAAGUUUUUUAUUUAGGGUUUUGGAUAUUCAAGUCAACGGGUGUGACCUUGCAACUUCUAGCAGCAGUAUAGGAGUUAUCAUGGAAGAUACAGUCUUAGAAGUCGUCCCAAGUCCAAUAUCAAUGCAGAGUGUAGCUGUUGACUUCAAAGGCAUGGAUGAACU